AUGGCUCUCUUUGUUAAUAACUCUCAUUCUCUUUUCUCCUUUGCUUUUGUCUUCACAUUGUCCAGUCUCUGUCUCUUCACAGAGGCUUACAAUGGCGGUUUCACCGUCGAUCUAAUCCACCGUGACUCACCAAAAUCUCCGUUCUACAACUCUUCUGAAACACCCUCCCAACGCUUGACCAAAUCUCUUCGUCGUUCCUUUCAUCGAGCUAAGCAAUUCAAUCCAGCCUCAUCAUCAUACUCUCCAAAUGCUGCUGAGUCCGAGAUUAUCGCGGACAACGGUGAAUAUCUCAUGAAAUUAGGGUUAGGUACUCCGUCAGUUGAAGUUCUGGCGAUAGCAGACACAGGAAGUGACCUUAUAUGGACGCAAUGCAAGCCUUGCUCUCAAUGUUUCAACCAAUCUAGUCCCAUUUUUGAUCCGAAGUCUUCCAAGACUUACAAAGACAUCUCUUGCUCUUCAGAUCAAUGUCAAUCUCUCCCCGACACUUCUUGUAGCGACGAUGGCAGUUCUUGUCAGUACAACGUUAGAUAUGGUGAUAGUUCCAACAGUAAUGGCAAUCUUGCAGUUGAAACAAUCACUUUAGGGUCCAGUACAGAUGGCCGCCCCGUCGCGCUCCCAAACAGCACCUUCGGAUGUGGACACAACAAUGAAUUGAUCUACCAAGGCAAUACUUCAGGGAUUGUUGGACUUGGAGGUGGUGCAGUUUCACUAGUCUCUCAAAUUGGUUCUGGCAAAUUUUCUUACUGUUUAUUGCCAAUCUCGAACUCCGAUUCGAAUAGUACAAGCAAGUUGAAAUUUGGAAACAAUGCUGUUGUUUCUGGUCCUGGUACAGUCUCUACUCCAUUGGUUUCAGGAGGAGGAGGAAUGGAUACAUUCUAUUUUCUUAAAUUGGAAGCAAUUAGUGUUGCAGAUGAGAGAAUAGACUUCAAUGGUUCUUCGGGCGGGGACGGUGAGGGUAACAUUAUCAUUGAUUCAGGCACUACAUUGACAUUGUUGCCACAGGAUUUCUACUCCAGUUUUGAAUCAGCAGUGUCUAGCAAGAUCGACGCGAAACAGACUAACGAUCCAUCGGGGACUCUGAAUCUCUGCUACGAGGCUGAGUCCGGUUCCGAUUUCAAUGUUCCUGAUAUCACAGUACAUUUCACUGAUGCAGAUGUGAAGUUGAGCAGCUUGAACACUUUUGUUAUGGUUGCUGAAGGUGUUGUGUGCUUAGCUUUUCACUCAAGUGAUAGUCUCUCAAUUUUUGGAAAUUUGGCUCAAAUGAACUUCUUGGUAGGGUAUGAUGUUGAGGAACAUAGUCUCUCAUUUAAGCCUACUGAUUGUAGCAAAGCAUGA